CAGGACGCGCCAGCUUAGGGGCGCCACAAAACGCCUCAAACACCCUACACCCGCCGCUCGCUCAUCGCUCCAUCGCUUGGCCCCUGCACGACACGCUAUUUGUAUUAGACUUGUGGCUUGCGUGCCGCAUAAUGCGCGGAGUUGCGCUCGAGUCUGCGCCAUCGCGGUCGACUGGCUCCGCUCGGCGUUCUCAGUAUCUUCCACCUCGCCCAUGCAGAAUUAGCUAUGCAGGCCAGGCGCGCGGGCAGUCGGCGACAAGAGGUUGCCACAUCAGCCGGGCGUCCACAUCCUCGGGCCCCAGCAGCAACCAACAAAAGCCCAAGCAGGAUCCCGUGAUGAACUCAGACGAUGAGGACGCGCCGUCGACUUCGGGGAACAGCGCUGGGCCCAAACAGCCAUGGCUGGUCGAAUUCCUGCUCAAGAAUAACGCCCCCAAAUGGCUGGUCAACUUUGUGAGCGUGUACGUGGUGCCGCCGGCCAGCUCCCGCACGGCGUCGCUCGCGCGCGCGCUGUGGAUCACCGUCGGUUUCGUGGCGGUGGCCCUGGGGCGACAGCUGCUGUUCCCCGCCCCCCGCAUCACCCCCCGCGAGGUCCUCUACUCUGACCUGGUGACCCUGCUGGACGGCGGCCGUGUCCGCGCCGCCCGCCUGGAGGCCGGCACCAGCCGCCUCUACUUCGACGUCAAGCCGCUACAGCCGGCGCAGCCGGCAGGGGCCGCGGCUGCUACAGCCGCAGCCACGGCCGCCGCCACCACGGCAGCAGUGGUGGGGUCCACGGAGGCGGCUGUUGCGGCGGGUGCUACAGCCGGCGCCUCAGCGGCGACGGGUGCUACAGCCAGCGGCGCUGCUGGUGCUGUUGCUACAGCCGGCACUCCAGCUGCCCCCCGCGCUCGCUUCCAGAAGCAGUACUACAUAAAGCUGGCCGACAAGAACGACCCCGCGCUCAUGGGCCGCCUGCUGCAGGCGGGUGUGGAGUACGCAGUGCUGCGCGCCUCCUUCCAGGCCGCCGCCGCCAACGCCUUCCUGACGGCGCUGGCGCUGUGGCUGCCGCUGCUGCCGCUGAUGUUCCUGCUGCGGCGCAUCAUCGACCAGCGCCAGGGCGCAGGUCGCGCCAAGAAGGCCUCUAACCGGCCUGACACGCCGUCCACCACAUUCGCCGACGUUGCGGGGGUGGACGCAGCCAAGCAGGAGCUGCUGGAGGUGGUGACGGUGAUGCGCCAGACCAAGGCAGCCUACUCCAAACUCAAGGUCAAGAUGCCCAGUGGUGUGCUGCUGUGCGGGCCGCCCGGCACCGGCAAGACCCUGCUGGCCAAGGCGGUGGCUGGCGAGGCGGGUGUGCCGUUCUUCGCGGUGUCGGCCUCCGAAUUUGUGGAGAUGUUCGUGGGCCGCGGCGCCGCGCGCAUCCGUGAGCUGUUCGCGGAGGCGCGGAAGAGCGCGCCCUGCGUGGUGUUCAUCGACGAGCUGGACGGCGUGGGCAGCAAGCGCGGCAUGGGCUACAACGACGAGCGCGACCAGACACUCAACCAGCUGCUCACGGAGCUGGACGGCUUUGACGGGCGGCCGGGCGUGUUGUUCCUGGCUGCCACCAACCGCAUGGACGUGCUGGACCCGGCGCUGCUGAGGCCCGGGCGCAUCAGCCGCAAGGUGGUUGUGCCGCUGCCUGACGCGGCGGGCCGGGCGCAGAUCCUGGCCGUGCACCUGCGGGCCACACCCCUGGAGGAGGAGCUGCAGCCGCAGCAGGCGUGCCUGGCUGUUGCCUCCGCCACCGAGGGCUUCAGCGGCGCGGAGCUGGCCAAUGUGGUGAACGAGGCCACCCUGCUGGCGGCGAGAGACGCCAGGGACGCGGUGAGCCUGCGCGACCUGCUGCAGGGCGCACAGCGCACCCGCUUCGGAGUCGACGGCCGCAGCGGCGCCAACGCGUUCGGCGGCGGGCUGACUCAGCGGCUGUCCAACUGGCUGCUGGACGUGGCGGCGGCGGAACGGCGGCCGGUCAAGGUGGGCACCGGCGGCGGCCAGUAGCGCCAGCAGCGGGCGAGGAGGAGGAGGAGGGGGAGGAGGAGGGUUACGGAGAGAGCUGCAGUGACAGCGGUGGGGCAGGGCGGCAGGGGUGAGGAGAGACGGAGGGGGUGAGGAGAGAAGGUUGGUUGAGGGAAGGCGGGCGAGGGUUGGUGUGUGUAGGGAAGGGGCGAGGAGGGAUGCGGUGGCAAGGGGUGGGCGGGUGGGGAGUGGACGAGGAGUGCUGAGGCACGCGGCGUGAGGAGCAUGUGAGUGGUGCGUGCGUGAUGCGUGAGUGGUGUGUGAGGUGGGCAGAUGCUUUCAAGCUGAGUUUAGGGUGGUGAAAGGAUGUUUAGGAAAGCCGUACAGGAUGCACUGAAGCAUGAAGCAAGGGGGUAGCGGUGAGGGUGCUGCGCCGUUGGGGCUUGGGGCAAGGUGCACUGUGCUCCGCGAGCAAGCCGUGGGAGCUGCAGGAGAGAAACGUGUGGCGCAUACGAGAGUGACGCUGUGUGGGGCCCGGCGAGGGUUGGCCUGGAGAGAGAGAGUGUGUUUGCGGUGUGGUUGUCUGUGAGUGGAUGCGUGAAUGUGUUUGCACUUUGGAGGCGGUGGUUGCAUGAGGCGGGGGCGUCGGAUCCUGACCGCGUGUAUGCAGGCAUUUGUCAGCAUGACAGCUACGAGAGGCGGCUGUUGUCAGGCUCGAGAGAGUGCUUCGGGUUUGCCGUUGCGGGGCACGACUCCCAGCGGGUGCGAGAGUGUUAGGAGAUGCGUGUGUUCCAUGUAACAGCACUGUGCACGAGUGUGUCUGCGCACGGGUCUGGCUUUGACCCCACGUGCCAGGCACCAUUCCGUGUGGGGACGCGGCGGUGGCGGCUGGUGGGAGAGGGGCUGGUGCCGCGGGCCUCGCAUGCCCACGGACACAGGU